UGAGCAUCCACCUGUACGGCUUUGAUCGCAAAACGUGAAUCCUUGCCUCGCUCUAUAAAGUUAUCCACUGCAGGAGAAACUGAGUCGGGAGAAACUUUCCAGAAGAAUAAAACAGACAGACGGAUAGAGAGCGGGGGAAAAAAAAAAAGAAAACAAAAAUGGACGAAGAGGAGCAUGAGGUGUACGGAGGAGAAAUACCCGAUGAAGGAGAGAUGGAAGGCGACUUGGACCCUCACAACGCCGAUGUUGAUAUGUCCGCCGCCGAUGACGACGCCGUCAAGGAACUGGAUGAGAUGAAGAAACGGUUGAAGGAAAUGGAAGAUGAAGCGGCGGCUCUCCGCGAAAUGCAGGCCAAGGUUGAGAAGGAAAUGGGUGCUGUUCAAGAUCCUGCUGGUACAGCGGCCAAUCAGGCGAGCAGAGAGGAAGCUGAUUCACGAUCGGUUUUUGUUGGCAAUGUUGACUAUGCAUGCACACCUGAAGAAGUGCAGCAGCAUUUCCAAUCUUGCGGCACUGUGAACAGAGUGACUAUUCUGACUGACAAGCAUGGCCAACCUAAAGGUUUUGCUUAUGUGGAGUUCCUGGAAGCAGAAGCCGUUCAAGAGGCUCUGGUGCUAAAUGAAUCUGAAUUACAUGGCCGCCAAUUGAAGGUUUUGCCUAAAAGGACUAAUGUUCCUGGGAUGAAGCAAUACCGUCCAAGGCGAUUCAAUACUUAUAUGGGCUAUCGAUUCAGGAGGCCCUAUGUACCUCCUUAUUUCUACUCUCCUUAUGGAUAUGGGAAAGUUCCUAGGUUCAGGAGGCCAAUGCGAUAUAUGCCCUACUAUUAGAAGACUGAGCUUGGUAGAACAUAUUACCAAAUAUGGAUGGUUUCAUCCAGGAAGUAUGAUUUUAACUGUUGAGAGGAUGUAAGCUGACAUUUUUAGUUCCUACAUGCAAUUUGUAUCGUGUAUUAUCAGCUGUAUGACAUUGCUAAGAGUAUCAGAAUUUCUAGUUUAAGAAUUUAGACUAUACCAUAUGAUAAUGGUACUGUGCAAGCAAGGUGUUUCAAGUUUUAAAUUUGUUUGUCAUGUUUAUCUUGAAUCA